AUGGAGGGUACGCUCAAAUGCUCAGCCAACUAUGUUCCACUCACCCCCAUAAGUUUCUUGGAAAGAUCAGCAAUUGUAUAUAGAGACAGAGUUUCAAUAGUGUAUGGAAAUGUAAAGUUCACAUGGAGAGAGACUUUUGAAAGGUGUGUUAAACUUGCUUCUGCUCUCAAUCAAAUCGGAAUUUCUCGUGGAGAUGUUGUUGCUGCUUUGGCCCCAAAUAUUCCUGCAAUGUACGAGCUACAUUUUGCUGUACCAAUGGUUGGAGCAGUCCUUUGCACGCUUAAUAUACGUCACAAUUCGGGAAUGUUGUCAAAAUUACUAAAGCAUUCAGAAGCCAAAGUCAUAUUUAUUGAUUACGAGUUCCUUGAUGUUGCCAAGGGUGCAUUAAAUUUUUUAUCCAAGACGAACACCAAGUUGCCUUAUUUAGUAUUAAUCUCUGACUCUUAUCGUUCAUGCGUUGAUGUCAAUAAUGUGAUUUCUACAUCAGAAAAUUUGGAAUAUGAGUCUCUCCUAGCAACCGGAAGACCUGAUUUUGCGGUAAUACGGCCUAACGAUGAGUUUGAUCCAAUUUCUCUUAAUUACACGUCAGGCACUACCUCGAGCCCAAAAGGUGUUGUUUAUAGUCAUCGGGGAGCAUAUCUCAACGCUCUUGCUGCAGUUCUUCUUAAUGAAAUGCUGUCGAUGCCUGUCUACUUAUGGACAGUCCCAAUGUUCCACUGUAAUGGCUGGUGCCUUACUUGGGCCGUGGCAGCGCAGGGUGGUACGAAUGUAUGUCUAAGGAGUGUUACUGCAAAGGGUAUAUUUGACAGUAUAUUCCAGCACCAGGUGACUCAUAUGGGUGGCGCACCAACUGUUUUGAACAUGAUUAUCCAUGCACCAGCUAGUGAACAAAUGCCUCUUCCGGGAAAGGUGUCAGUGAUGACAGGCGGAGCGCCACCACCUCCGCAAGUAUUAUUUAAGAUGGAGGAGCUUGGAUUCAAUGUAACUCACUCGUAUGGUCUGACAGAAACCUAUGGCCCGGGAACUGUUUGCACAUGGAAACCCGAAUGGAAUUCCUUACCUCCCGAGGAACGCGCGAAGAUUAAGGCUCGUCAAGGGUUGCACCAUCUUGGCAUGGAAGAAGUCGACAUCAUGGAUCCUGUUACAAUGAAGAGUGUUCCUGCGGAUGCAAAAACUAUUGGGGAGGCAAUGUUUAGGGGUAAUACUGUAAUGAAUGGUUAUCUGAAAAAUGUCAAAGCAACAGAGGAUGCUUUUAAGGGAGGGUGGUUUCGGAGCGGGGACUUAGGCAUAAAACAUCCAAACGGUUACAUAGAAUUAAAAGAUAGGUCAAAAGAUAUAAUCAUUUCUGGAGGAGAAAAUAUAAGUACAAUUGAAGUGGAGUCCAUGAUUUUCAGUCAUCCAGCCGUUUUUGAUGCUGCUGUCGUCGGAAGACCCGAUGAUUACUGGGGCGAAACGCCGUGUGCUUUUGUGAAACUUAAGGAUGGUUGUUAUGCAAGUGCAGAAGAAAUUAUUAAGUACUGUCGUGAUCGGUUACCACAUUACAUGGCUCCUCGAACAGUCGUUUUCGAGGAUUUGCCUAAAACAUCGACUGGAAAGACGCAGAAAUAUGUUCUCAGGCAGAAAGCCAAAGGCAUGGGAAGCCUUUCCAGAAACAGCAAACUGUAG